UUUUGGUGAGAACCAGCCAAUAGAUAUUUCAAAAUCAACCGCCAGCCUCCAGUUUUAGCAAAUCAAUUUCCCGCUUAUUUAGCAAGUACCAACGGGAAGACGAGAGCCGUCGCGGGGAAGGAAUCGGGUGGAUGACGGGAUACUACUAGUACUACUCCCGGAGCACGAAAGAGGAGGAAGAAGAAGAGCACUGCAAGGAGAAGCAGCCACGAGAUUGAGCUCGGGAAAAAGUGUGGAGAAGAAGAUGCCGCAGGACGCCAUGGAUGACGUCGAUCGUCUGUUCCAGUGCUUCAAGUGCGGAGUUUCUCCUCCUCAAUCGGCUGUAAGAGAGAGGAAAAGAAGCAAGAGCAAAUCGAAGCAAAGGAGUGGAAUCCAUGCAAUUAGUGGCACUCCGUCUCCAAGCUCAGCUGAGCCGCGGAAGAAGACUGCUACUGAUGCACUAGUCCUCAAAGAGAAUGUUGCUUCAACAUCGAAAUCAAAGGGCUUAAGGUGCGGCAAGCAGAUUUCUCCUGUUGUAUUCUAUGGUUCCCCUAAUGGAGUGCCUCCCAAGAGACCAAUCAGUUUGCUACGAUUGUUGCGCGAGAUACGUGUUGAUCUUUCGGAACAAGGAAAAGAGGACUUGAGGAAGGAGGUGUGGGCUACAUUUCCUAGACAGAAUGAAGCUAUGAACUUUGCAAAAGAGCAUCAUAAUGUCCGUAUUUUCAGUUAUCAAGAUCAUAUUCACGGGCAAAGAAGGUUCCUCGUUUCGACAUACCAUGAGUUUUGGAAAAGGUACCAAAACAUGGAAUCCAAAUUUCGACACCAUUAUGAAGUGAUUCAGGAGGGAUUACCAUGUCACCUAUACUUUGAUCUGGAAUUCAAUAAGAAAGAAAACGUAGAGAAAAAUGUGGAUGAAAUGGUCGAUCUCUUGAUAUCAGUGGUUCUUGAACUCUUGAAUGAAAAGUAUUCAAUUGAAGGAAGUGGAGAUUGGAUAGUAGAGCUUGAUUCUUCCACUGCAGAGAAGUUCUCACGCCAUCUAGUUAUCCGCAUACCAAAGGCUGCUUUUAAGGACAAUUCCCAUGUUGGCGCAGUUGUGUCAGAGGUAUGUUCCCGGAUUUCAAGUUUAAAGGAGAAGGAUAAGAGAUACAACAAAUUAUUUAUUAGAAAAGAGUCGAAAUCUGCUGGACCUCCAAAUCAGCUAUUUAUAGAUAGUGGUGUUUAUACCAGAAAUCGUUGCUUUCGCUUGGCUCUCUCAUCAAAGGCAGGGAAAACUUCUUUUCUUCUACCAACAGGGCGCUUCAAAUGUAAAAGCAUGUGUGAAGAAGACAUGUUCAUGGCUUCCUUGAUCUGCAAUAUAGAUAGUGACUGUGACAGGCUGCUGGUCUGCAAAAUGGAUUUGGAUUGUGUCAAAAAGCUGCAUUUUGAUACAGAGGUAAAUUACAGUGCAAUAACAUUCAGCUCUCGUCGGGAACUGUCAACAAAUGGAAGUACUGGAGGCGCUCCAGUGACAUCCAUGGACGGGAACUCACCAUUCCCUGCUUUGGACAAAUUUGUGGAAUCCAUUGCCACUACGGGAAGUACAUCAGGCAAAAUCCGAAGCUGGUACUGGUUCUCCGAGUAUGGAUUGAUGGUCUACAGCAUGGCAAGAAAUAGAUACUGUGAACGAAUUGGCAGGGAACAUAAAAGCAAUCAUGUUAUAUAUGUCAUUGACUUAAGAUGGGGAUUCUAUUACCAAAAAUGCCAUGAUCCAGAUUGCCAAGGUUACAAGUCUCCCUUCCGUCCAGUACCAAUCGACAUGAUUCCAAAUCAGUCAUUUCCUCGCGACUCUGGACAGACAUUGAGCCAGGCAGCGUUAACAAACGACUGCCUUGAGUACCAAUUUGUUGACAGUAGUUACGAUGGAGCCAUGCCUUGGAAUGCAAGCAAUUCAGGCACUGGCAGCUCUGGUAAAGACUCUUGGUGGCUUGAAGCCAUGAAAGUUGCAGAAGAUAUAGAGACGAAGAGGAAUCCCAUGGAGCCUAGUCAGAUGGUUAAUCUGGAGGAGAACAUUAGCGACGAAGACGAGACGUGGUGGAUGGCUGUUGAAAGAACUGCAUCUCAGGCCGAAUUAAUGCACUUGAAAUCAAUCGACCAUGGGAUGCCAGUAGUAGAACCCUGAGCAUGAAGAGAUGUCAGGUAUGGCUUCUUCCUCGACUUGGAUAUUCAAGUUGGGGAUGAUGACAGAAUUCCGCUAGGGAAACCGUCUGAACAAUGUACUUAGGGCGACUUGAUUGUCUCCGCUGUUCGAAUUUAGGUUCUCGUACAAAUAAGCAACACGCAGGAGGCAAGACUAAGGCGCCAAGUAAGCCUCCAUGUACAUAGCUAAGCGCCAUGGUUGGAUCACCUAGUUAUAAGUGUGGGUUUAUCUUUGUGGUGCGAACUUACAAGUACAACCACAUGUCGUAUUGGUUCAUUUUUUUUAUAUCAAAUGAAUUUUAUCGACCUUAGUGCACCAAUAUUUAGUAGCCAUGAAACUUAUCUUCAGAAUCUAAGUCUAACUAAUAACAAAUAAGCAAUGAAUAAGCCAUUCUACUAGCCCAGUUUGCACGGUAA